AUUCCUUCUCCUUCCGCCACAAGCCAUGUUCAGACCUCAACAUCUCUUGUCAUGGCUCUCCUUUCUCAUGGCUCUCUUCCUCCAUCACUCCCGUGCAGAAGUAGGCACUGCUGCAUUCUACAACCCUCCCUACAUACCUACAGCUUGCUAUGGUAACGAUACGAGUCAGUUGCUGGAGAACAAUCUGUUUGCCGCAGCCGGCGAAGGGAUAUGGGACAAUGGAGCGUCUUGUGGGAGGCAAUUAUUGGUACAGCGCUUUAGUGCAGCCACACCAAGGAAUGUUUGUGUUGUGGGCCAGACAAUUCAGGUCAGGAUCGUCGAUCGAGCAGCUACUUCGGGUUCGCGCCCUUCGGUGUCCGGGACAACAAUCGUACUGUCUGUCAAUGCAUUUCGGAUGAUCGCGAACGUGCCUCCUACAGAGAUGGCCAAUGACUUAUUACCAAUUGCAUGGGAGUGAUCGAUGGUAAGGAAGUGUUGCAGACAUUUUUAUUUUAUUCUAUUGAUUAUCAACACAACAUGUUGAAGAUGUAAUAUAUCUGCACAUUGGGUCAGAUCAUCAUCUGUCCAUUGAUCUAUUUCUUAAUACGGUGUGGCCUGCCUGAUGAAUGGACUAUUCUGAUUUUCGAUCCAGGUUAUCUCAUUGUGUGGCCCCCCCUUUUCAACAGCUUGGAUGUU